AACGAACAGCAACAGCAGCAGCAGUAAAACCAAAGUGAAAGUCGUUACAUAUCAAGCAGCUUUUAGUCACUAACUACGCGUGUGCCUCUGUGUGCGUGUGCGUGUCUCUCUCUGUGUGUGUGUUUGUUAAAAGAGCUCGACACUCGAGUGUCGCCUAACAAAAGCAAGCAGCGCUGCUCAAGUGGCAAACAAAGCGCGUGAAAAGUUCCGUUUAAUUGUAAUUUUGUUAGCGCUCGCUGCUCGGCUGCUCUGCCUUUUUAUAAGGUGUUUAGCAUUGUGUGGACCACAGCGCCAUGAAACGUGCGCAACAUUUGCAUAAAUUACCCCAGACCCCAGCACGCUGCUAACUGCUUGUGUUUUUUUGUUUGUUGUAUUGAGUUGCGGUUACGCCCACACGCCCCCCAGAACUUCAAACACUUGCGCGUAAAAAGUUCAAAACUGACACUGAAAAUGCGGCGCGUAAACAUUUUAUGUUUGAUUUGUUUGCUGCAUGCCGCAAGCGGCAGCAACAUUGUAAGCGACAUGAACAACAUGUUGCGCGAUGCCCAAUCCCAAUCCCAAUCUCAGUCCAGCAGCAGCACUGCGGCCAGCGUGGCCAGCUCCAGCGUCGAGCUGCUGCGCUUUGUCAACGAUGAGGAUGCCGAGCUGCAGGUGCUGGCCAAUGGCGCCAAGGUGACCAAGGCCAGCAGCGAUAAUGCCAAGCUGAGCGAGCAGGUGCGUUUGCUGAGCAAGCAAUUGAACGCGCUGAUGACGCGACGCCGUGAGGAUUACGAGCAGCUGGAGCAUAACUUGCGCAAAUCCCUGCGGCUUACCACGGAUGCGGCCAGCGUUGAUGCGGAUAUGCGCAGCGAACUGGAGCAAUUGAGACGCGAAGUGCAAGCGCUGCGUGCCACGCAUGGCGGCAACAAGGAGCGCCUGACCGUCGAGUGGCUGCAGCAGUCCAUAUCCGAGAUACGCAAGCAGCUGGUGGAGCUGCAGCGCAGCGCUGGCGCUGUGGCCAAGGACGUGCGUCAUGAAAGCACCGCCUACGAGGAUCUGGCCACCAUACGCAGCGACUAUCAGCAGCUGAAGCUGGAGCUGGCCGCACAGCGUGAGCGGCAGGAGCAGAGCGAGGUGCUGCUUGUGGAGCUGCGUGAGGAGCUCAUGCAGCAGGAGCAGGACUUUAAGCACGCGCUCAACAAACAAUUGAAUGCAAAUGCGAAUGCCAAGCAGCAGGACUCCGCCAGCAUUGAGGAGUACAGCGCCAGCCAGGAGAGCAGCCAGCAAGAGCCCAACAUCGAGUUAGCCGAUCAUCGCCGUCGCCACUGCCGCUACCAACAGCAGCAGCUGCACAACCUGCAAUUGGGGCAACGUCAGCUGCGUCGCCAGCUGAACGAACUCAAGUAUCAUCACAUUGACGAGCGUGUGCGCAGCAUUGAACUGGAGCAACACCGCAUUGCCAAUGCCAAUUUCAAUUUGAGCCGUCAAAUUGCCACGCUGGACAAGCUGCACACCUCCAUGCUGGAGCUGCUCGAAGACGUCGAAGCGUUGCAAACUAAAAUGGACAAGAGCAUACCCGAGCUGCGGCACGAGAUAUCCAAGCUGGAGUUUGCCAAUGCGCAAAUUAGCUCCGAACAGAAUUUGGUGCGCGAGGAGGGCAAGAAUGCGGCACGUUCGCUGCAGGCCAUGGCCGUGAGUGUCAGCGCAUUACAGGACGAGCGUGAGGGUGUCAAGAAGCUUGUCGGCAAUGUGGAGCAGCUGCAAACGAAUGUCGACCGCCUGCAGUCGCUGGUCAACACCGAACUGCACAAUAAGCUCACACACUUGAACAAGCCACAUAAGCGUGCUCAUCAUCAGCAGCAGCAGCCACAAUUGAGUCAAUUGGCCAUAGACAAUGCUUUGGCUGCCACACUGGUGGCCGAGCUGGAGAGCGUGGAGUCGCAGUAUGAGGCCAUUGUGAAUAAGCUGCCGCUGGACUGCGGUGAGCUGUCAGCGCAUGUGGAUGGGCUGCAUUUGAUAGCGCCCGCUGGCCAGCAUCAUCCACUAAUGACGCACUGCAGUGCCGAUGGCUGGACCACAGUGCAGCGUCGCUACGAUGGCAGCGUCGACUUCAAUCGCAGCUGGGCGGACUAUGCCCAGGGUUUUGGCACGCCGGGCGGCGAGUACUGGAUGGGCAACGAGCAGCUGCAUCAUCUGACGCUGAACAACUGCUCACAGCUGCGUGUGCAAAUGCAGGACAUCUACGAUAACAAUUGGGUGGCUGAAUAUAAAUAUUUCUAUAUCUCAUCGCGCGACGAUGGCUAUAGGCUGCAUAUUGGCGAGUAUGUUGGCAAUGCAUCGGAUGCGCUGAACUAUCAGCAGGGCAUGCAGUUCUCGGCCAUUGAUGAUGAUCGCGAUAUAUCGCAGACGCACUGUGCUGCUAACUAUGAGGGUGGCUGGUGGUUCUCUCAUUGCCAGCACGCGAAUCUCAAUGGGCGCUAUAAUCUUGGCCUGACUUGGUUUGAUGCGGGGCGCAACGAAUGGAUUGCGGUCCGCUCAAGUCAAAUGCUGGUCAAGCGGCGGCCCAGCGAGGAGUGUGCGACAACACAAACAACACAAACCACAACAACACCAAGCAUAACAACAACAAAAACAACAGCUACAGUAAACACUAGCACAGUGAAUAGCGUAGUGCAAUUCGUUGUGCAGGCGUAAGCAAGCCCAGUGAGAGCUUCAGUGAACCACCAGCGCCAUGCCUCAUAAAGUUUGUGUAACGUGCGUGUGUAACGCGCAGAAAAUGAAAUAAUUAUAUGUGAAACGUCUGUAAAUGAAAUGAAGCAUCGCGCAUAGAUUUACGAUUUUGUGUAUAUAGCUAACUAACUAACUAACUAAUAUUUGCCUUAGGUUAUACAAAUUGGAGCUUACUAGCCUCGUCACAUGGCGUAUGCGUCAUUUAGUUCUACUCUACUGUCUAUGGAAAUAUGCAACUCGUACAUAUUUGUUUUGUCUUUCAGCAGAUCUCAUAACAACAACACUAAGCGCAAAAAUUCUAAAAUGAAAACUAAUUGUUUGUUUUUGGAUGAGCAGAGCAAAUACUAACUAAGUGCUUAAGUGUGUGUGCUGCAACUAAAUAUUUCCAUAAAACGUUAGUCGCUAAGUCCAGCCAGCCAGUCUCUCUCUCUCUCUAUCUCUAAAUGUAUACGUAGCUUUAGGCAUCUCAGACAAAUAAUAAGUAUACUCAGCCACAGACACGCGCAAACUUUUGCACACAGCGACAAUUUUAUACAAUUGACAACAUUUGUAUAAAAUUGUCAAGUUCCAAUAGUUUGUGUGUGCUUUUCGUAUUCUAGUGUUUACAAUAUAAGCGUCCAUAUCAAUAUCUAUUAAUGUGUAGGCAAACGAGAUCAGUCAUUAAGUGUAGUUCUAAUUAACAAAUUGUUGUACUAUAUAAAUGUAAUGUGUUGGUUAAAGCUACUGCAAAACUCAAUUCUCAACAUAAAUAACCAACGUAUAUGCCAAAGAUAACAAGCGCAAAAAAUACAGCCACACACACACACACAUACAAACAGACACAGUAAUGCUUAUUUUGUUUAUUUGUCUGCAGUUUUGCA